AGUCGUUAAUUCUCAUUAAGGGUUUUCCGAGGCACGGUGGAGUCCUACCAUCCCCGCAAGAGCUGCCGGAGAAAACACAAAAAAAAGAAAAGAAGGUGCGUCGCCUCACAGGAACAGGUCUUUUUGUGCUCGCGCAACUUCAUUCGUGUAAUUUUAAGCGUUCAUAAGGACGACAUAGGAUUACUUAACGCGGCGCUGCGGGAUAACGCACCAUAAUACCUACUUCGGUGCAUAGAAUUUCCUUUUUGUAUUAUUGCUGCUGCUGCGUGCCAUGGCAACGUCGUCGUCGUCUGCGAAUAGCGCCGCGGUGCGCUCCGCGUGGGCGGAUGCAAUUGACGCAACAGCGGCCCUGAGCAGCACCGAAGCUCUCCACCCUGCCUCGGAGUACACCCCGAGCUCCUACCUGCCGCCGCUGCCUUCCGGCUGGGACGACGCUGACUUCUUUGCGCAACUGCGCGAGCUCGACAAGGCCUCGGCCGAAGCCGCGCCGUCCUUAUUUCAACCGCAGAUGACACUGGAGGAGGCGUGCCACGCAAAGCCGAGUUUCUUCGAGACAUUUCGCGGUGAGCGAGAGGUGGCCGAGACAAUUUUUCAGCCGCCGCUGCCACUGAACCGACGCGAUGGAGAAGGCGGCGAGAGUGCGGGCAACCGCCAUAGCGCACGCCGGCGUCGUCAGGAGGCGGCGCAGCCGCAAGGGACUGCGCCGCUCUACGGCGGGUUCUUGGGCCAGCAGGCGAUGUCGCCCAGCACGGCCGUGCAGCGCAAGCCGGACUUUAUGCCCGUUCUGCUUGUCCCGUCCGCCCCCACUGCGCCGCUGCAGCUGAUCAACAUCAAGCAGUUCCUAGAGCGAGGCGCCUACGUAGACCCGGCCUCACUGUACAUUGACCAAGAAACCGGUGUGGCGAACAUCCGCGACUCGAAGCCGCACUCGGUGGUGGUGCGGCCCGGUAGCUUCCACGACCCCCACAAGUACCACGUCGCGUUUCGUCAGUUUCGCGUCGUGGACGACCCAGACGAGGUCGACGACUGGUCGCACGUCUGCGGGUGCAUUGUGGAGGGCAAGUUGUGGCAGCUGCGGGGUUGGUAUCCGGCGGAGCCGCCGCAAGCGCGCAGCCCUAGCCGUCUCUUUACGCGCAUUCGAGCCUUUCUAGCGUACUUUGAGGAGGACAAGGUGCCACCGCAGUGCCGCGAGUGGAAUGUGUAUAGUCUGCCGCUGACGCGUAACUUGCUGAAAGACCAGGUGCACAUCGCCCUCGCUUCUCACUUUUGGGAGAACUUGUACACGUACCUGGACGAGCAUCCGAUGUUCCGCCAUUACACGAUUCCGCUGACAGACGAGCGUCUGUGA